AUGACAACCACUACUACUGCGGUCACGACCACUUCGACGCCUGGUGGUAAAGGGGCACGAUACGUAUUCGCUCAUUACAUGGUAGGAUCAAUGACCCAUAGCGAGGCCGUGACAGAUGUUAAAGACGCCCUGGACGCGGGUUUUGACGGCUUUGCCCUAAACACGCAUACUGUCAGCCCUACUGACACAUGGAAUACCGACGCGCUAGAAUAUCUCUUCUCUGCUGCUUCUGAAACAAAUUUCAAAAUGUUUAUCUCCUUUGAUAUGUCUUGGGGCGUGAAUGUUGCCGAUCUGCCUGCAUUUCUCGCUAAAUACUUCCCCGAAGACGCAUAUUUCCAAAUAGAUGGGAAGCCAUUUGUCAGUACAUAUUCAGGCGGGAAUACCGAUAACGACACUUGGAAUACAAAAUUUCGACAGCCGCUAAUGGCCAAUUAUAACAUCACGCCGUACUUUGUACCGGACUUUGACAACUGGUCUGGCUAUCCUAGUGGAUUCUUUGCAGCGUACCUGGUGGUCGACGGAGCGUUUACCUGGGAGAGUGGUUGGCCGGCGCCAGGACAGACUAUUACUAGUGUCAGUGAUACGGUUGACCAAGGUCUCGUUUUGCAGGCCAAAGCAGCGGGAAAAGUCUAUAUGAUGCCUAUAAGCACAUUGCAAUUCAAAUAUACAUCGGAUGGAAAUCACUGGUAUCGUAUCGGUGAAAGCAACCUUCCUGAGAGAAUGCAACAGAUUCUGUCUGUGCAACCGGAUUUUGUCGAAUUCAUUACCUGGAAUGAUGCCGGUGAGAGUCAUUACAUUGGCAACAUUUGGCCAGAGGCUAUUGCAGGGUCACCUGAUAUUCAAGCCUAUGCCGAUGGAUUCAACCAUAAAGGGUGGCUGCAAGUCAUCUCCCCAUUUAUUUCCGCAUACAAGGCUGGUGUGACCGAUGUCUCCCAGAUAGUAGUAUCGUCCACAAAUUCAUCAUCCGACUCGCUAAUAAACGGGUCAAUAUGGUAUCGGACAUUGCUCACCACUGCCAGCUGCUCCAGCGGAAUCCAGAAUUACGAACAAGCCCAGGAUGCUAUGAAUUUUGCAAUCAUUCUUCCACAGUCAAACACAACGAUGUAUACAAUCACCGUACAUUCGAACGGUCAACAGAUUGGGUCGUUUGCGGGUAAGUCUGGCUUGAAUUGGCAGACGGUUUUGGGACUACAAGCUGGAAAGGCCAGUUCCCAAGUGGUACGGGUGGUUGACAGUUCGGGGAAUAUAGUCGCAUCCGCUGUUGGUACAAAGGAUGUGUUUUCGCAGAGCAAUGAUUCGACGUUGUGUAAUUGGAACUAUGAGGUUGUCGGGCUAUCUUGA